GGGGAGGGAGCCUUCCUUCUCCACACACGUUGCCCAACAUCAUUGUGAAGGUUUCUCUCUCUACUCUGACUGCAUCUUCUCCAUUUCCACCGGAACAAAGAGAUUUGGCACUUGGUGCGUAUCUAGUUCCUCCUGACGCAGAUGGUCACACACAACUGAGAGUGAGAGAGGGGGGGGGAUGGAAGCUGGUCAUCUGGCCCCGGAGGAACUCCGAAUUGUAUAAUUUCCAAGUUUGAAGAAGACCACCAAAGUUUAAUCUCGAAGAAGGAAAGAGAGAAAACUAAAAACAUGGCGUGUGCCACCAUCACUCUACGCUCCCUCUUUCUUUUCCUCUGCCCAGAAGCACCAUCAUCUUCACGGGCGGUGCUUCCUUUUCGCCCUCCCACGGUUUCUAAUAUCGGGUCGCCGUUUCGGCCGUUGUCGAUGUCUCCGACACUCAGAGUUUCCUCCCGGGCCGCUCGCAGGUUCCAUUUGAGGUGCUCUGCUGAAGAUAACUCGUCCAUUGAUCCGUCUCAGGAUGAGCAGGGCCCUCCCCAAGAAGCCAUUCUCAAAGCCAUAUCCGAGGUAUCAAAGGUAGAUGGAAGGGUUGCUCAGACCACAAAUAUUGUGAUUGGAGGCACAGUGACGGAUGAUGCAACUGAUGAAUGGUUAGCCUUGGAUCAAAAGGUGAACUCAUACCCAACAGUUCGAGGAUUUACGGCAAUUGGUACUGGAGGAGAUGAUUUUGUCCAAGCUAUGGUGAUAGCUGUUGAAUCAGUACUUCAAAAACCAAUCCCUGAGGGUCGUGUGAGACAAAAGUUAUCUGCUAGAGGGAAAUAUGUUUCUGUUAAAAUUGGACCCGUCCAAGUGGUAUCAAGUGAACAGGUUCAAGCUGUGUACAAUGCAAUGAGGAGAGACGAUAGAAUGAAAUAUUUUUUGUAGAAUACUUAGUGUUGGAGAAAGAGGGAUAUAUUCUUUCGUGUUCGCUUGGUAUGCUUGGGUUGUACGGUGGCCUGCCUUCACAGCAAUCCGUGAGGUUGUAUUGUUAUGUGUUUAACCACUGCUGUUUACAGUUUAACUUCUUUAGCAAACUUUGUUGAGAAAUAUCUUGAAGGAUAAAGGAAUUCUUUCUUGAUCUUCUUUUCUUUA